ACAAAUAAAAGGAAAACUUAAUUAAUCAUUCUUCACCAUAAUGCAUGCAACAUCAGUAAGCACAGAAAAGCCUAAGUAAAAAUUCAAGAAACCCUAAUUUCCACCAUUGAUACUAGAAAUUGCUAUAAAUAUCAGCUUCCCCUCACCUUAUUUCAUGUGAAAAAUUGAACAUUGAGAAAAAUGACAGCAUUUUUCAGCUUCUCAACUUACCUCUUUAUCUCCUUCUUUCUUUCCAGUGCAUUGUUUGAGUUCAACCAAUGCUAUGCUAAGGAAAAAAAACCUUCUUCCUCCGUGGUGUUAGGUUUAACUCGUACGAAAACCACCCUUUCAAUACCUAAAUCUUCGUAUAAUUUAGUGAAAAAAACCUCGGAAACAUGGGACAUAAGGGAGCCGUUGAGAGAAGUGACAGACGGUUAUUUGAUAUCUUUGAAUGUAGGGACACCCCCACAAAUUAUCCAAGUGUAUAUGGACACAGGGAGUGACCUUACUUGGGUACCUUGUGGUAACCUAUCAUUUGAUUGUAUAGAUUGUGAUGACUAUAAGAAUCAUAAACUAAUGUCAAACUUUUCUCCUUCAUCUUCAUCUUCUUCCUAUAGAGAUUUUUGUGCCAGUCCCUCUUGUAUUAAUAUCCACAGCUCCGAUAACCCUUUCGAUCAAUGCACCAUUGCUGGAUGCUCAUUGAAUAGCCAACUUAAGGGCACUUGCUCAAGGCCAUGUCCUUCUUUUGCUUACACAUAUGGUGAAGGUAUCGUGUCGGGAACCCUAACUAGGGAUACCCUGAGAGUCCAUGGGAUCAGUACAAGCCCUAAUUCUAUUAGGGAAGUCCCAAAGUUUGUAUUUGGAUGUGUUGGAACAACUUAUAGAGAGCCUAUUGGGAUUGUAGGGUUCGGGAAAGGUCCACUUUCUUUACCUGCUCAAUUAGGGUUCCUUCAAAAGGGUUUUUCACAUUGCUUCUUGCCUUUCAAGUUUGCAAAUAACCCUAAUAUAUCUAGCCCUCUAGUUGUAGGUGACCAAGCCAUUUCUUCCAAAGAAAAUUUCCAAUUUACUCCUAUGUUGAAAAGCCUUAUGUACCCUAAUUUCUAUUACAUUGGCCUAGAGGGUAUAACUGUGGGGAAUGGUGCUAUUACAAAAGUGCCCUUAACCUUGAGAGAAUUUGAUUCUUUAGGCAAUGGAGGAAUGUUGAUUGAUUCCGGAACCACUUACACUCACCUACCUGAACCAUUCUACUCGAAUCUUCUCACCACCCUUCGAUCAUCCAUAAAUUACCCACGUGCUGAAGAAAUCGAGGCACGGACAGUGUUUGACCUAUGUUAUAGGCUCCCAUGCCCUAAUAACAACAUUAAUAGUCUAGGUACCGAUGAUUUCCCCUCAAUUACAUUCCAUUUCUUGAACAAUGUGAGCCUUGUUUUGCCCAAUGGGAAUAACUUCUAUGCCAUGGGUGCUCCAAAAAACUCAACAGUAGUGAAAUGCUUGUUGUUCCAAAGCAUGGAAGAUUCUGAAAAGGGGCCAGCUGGGAUUUUCGGAAACUUCCAACAACAAAAUGUGGAAGUUGUGUAUGACUUGGAGAAGGAAAGAAUUGGAUUUCAAACUACUGAUUGUGCCUCAGCUGCAGCUUCUCAGGGGCUUCACAAGACAUAGCUAAAUAAAUAUUAACGGAAGUUGGUGGAUUCUGCUGCUUUUGUGUCCAAUGAAAAUGACUAGAUAUGGACCUCAGCUUGAAGUUGUGAUUUUGAAUUUAGUGUUUCUUUUGUUUUAUGAUGCGUUUGUGUAUUGAUGAAGUUUCUAAUUUUGAAAAAAGUACAAGCAAAGAUGAAUUUCGUUCAGCCCGAAGGAUUGAGCUGAAAUGUAUUCUAGUU